AUGGCUCCGAUCAUGCUAGAUUCUGGUGACCUGCUAGGUCUACCACACAAUGGCUUAGGUGGUCAACCGGAGAUGGCCAGCCUUGAAGUCCGGGCAAAUCUUGGAGAUCAAGAUAGGCUGGAGCCCAUCGCUGUUGUUGGCUACUCCUUUCGAUUUCCUGGCGAGGCAACAGACUCCAAAGCAUUCUGGAAGAUGAUGAUGGAGCAAAGGUGCGCCACGUCGGAUACGCCAGAGGACCGGAUCAGCAUUCUUCAAUGGCAGCACCCCGACGGCAGACGACGAGGACAAUACGCCUCUCAUGGAGGGCACUAUCUGAAAGAGGAUGUGUCCCUCUUUGAUGCCCCUUUCUUUUCUCUCUCCGCAGAUGAAGCCGCAGCGCUGGACCCGCAACACCGGCAUCUCAUGGAGGUCACGUAUAGAGCACUAGAAAAUGCGGGCAUCCCGAUGGAAAAGGCGGUGGGAUCUCAGACAUCGGUUCACGUCGGCUGUUUCAACUGUGAUUACAGACUAAUGGCGUGUAAAGAUGUAGAGAUGACCGCAGACUAUGAUGUGGUCGGCAUGCAGAUGAGCAUGAACGCAAACCGACUGAGUUGGUUCUUCGAUUUCCGAGGAACGAGUAUGAAUAUAGAUACGGCAUGCUCGAGCAGUCUCAUAGCAUUGGACCUAGCUUGUCAGGGUUUACGAAGCGGGGAAACAAACAUGGGUGUGGUGGCCGGCACAAACCUCAUACUAUCAGCAGAUAUGAACCAGGCAUUUUCGAAUGUUAACAUGCUAUCGCCGGACGCUCGCAGCUAUAGCUUUGACCAUCGAGCCAAUGGGUACGGACGCGGUGAAGGUACCGGUACCUUGGUGAUCAAGCGCCUUGCGGAUGCGAUUCGAGACGGCGACACCAUUCGUGCAGUUAUUCGUUCGGCCGGGUCGAACCAAGACGGCCUCACGCCGUCCGGUAUCAUGCAGCCCAGCGGCACCGCUCAGGCUGGCCUGAUCCGUGAUACAUACGCCAGGGCUGGUCUGAGUAUGGAACCUACUCGGUUCUUCGAAGCUCACGGUACUGGCACGCAAGUUGGAGAUCCAAUCGAGUGCAAUGCACUUGGGGACGCCUUCCGUGGGGUCCGGAAUAUGAACGAUCCCCUCUUCGUGGGCGCGGUGAAAUCGAAUAUCGGCCAUCUGGAGGGCGCUAGUGGUAUUGCGGCCGUGAUCAAGACAAUCCUCAUUCUGGAGAGUGGCUUGAUUCCACCCAACACAAACUUCGAGAAGCUCAAUCCCAAGAUUGAUCUGGAGUUCCUGGGUCUCCAGCUGCCUGUCGCACCAACGCCCUGGCCGACUCUUGGCCUGCGUCGUGCAUCUGUCAACUCCUUUGGCUUUGGGGGCUCGAAUGCACACGUGGUCCUGGAUGAUGCCUAUAACUACCUCCGAAGUCAUGGCCUCGUCGGGAACCACGUCACAGUUGAACACCCUCCGGUCCUCGGGACCGAGUCUACAGACGGUGCACUGAGUGAACCACUUACACCGUCAGCGGAGGACCCUCCCUCGGCAGACGCCAGACUGCCAAAGCUUUUGGUGUUGUCCUCAGCCAGCAAGGUGGGUGUCAAGCAGGUUGCUGCAGCAUACAAAUCACAUUUCGAAACCCUUGACAUCUCGCCAGACCGAUUCGAUCAGUAUGCGACCGACUUGGCUCAUACUCUGAACACCCGCCGAAGCGUCUUACCCUACCGAAGCUUCUGGACAGCGUCUAGUGUGAAAGAUCUCCAGGAUGUGGAAAGAAAGAUGACCGAGUCCUACCAAUCAGUCGAGAAGCCUGUGUUGGGCUUUGUAUUUACAGGACAGGGCUCGCAAUGGGCUGGAAUGGGGCGUGAGCUAUUUAAGUAUCCCGUCUUCAGAAAUACCAUCUGGCAAUGCGAGCAUGACCUCCAAAGCUUCGGGUGCCCUUGGUCCUUGAAAGAUGAACUCCUUCGAGAAGACGCGUCGUCGAGAAUUAAUGACCCCGAGAUUGCACAAGCCGCGAACACCGCCUUGCAAAUUGCCAUGGUCGACCUGUUUUACAGUGUGGGUGUCAGUCCAACUGUAGCAAUUGGGCACUCCUCGGGUGAGAUUGCAGCAGCAUAUGCGGCUGGUGCUCUUUCAACGACGGAGUCUAUGCGUAUCGCGUAUUUCAGAGGUGUCUGCGCCACGAAGCUAUCGCAGACGCAAGAGCCAGCCGGGGCCAUGGUUGCUGCCAGCUUAUCGGAAGCAGAUGCUCGUGGUUAUAUUGACGAGGUUGCUAAGGUGCAUGGUCGAUGUGGUCUCCAAGUAGCCUGCAUAAACAGCCAGAAGAGUGUGACAAUAUCGGGAGAUGAAGACCAGACAGACACGCUGAAAAGCAUCCUGGAUUCUUACAAGAUUUUCGCUAGGAAGCUGAAAGUUCCAGUGGCCUAUCAUUCAUCGCAUAUGAAACAAAUUGCUUCUGUCUACAAACAACAGAUGAAGGGUCUGCAACCGACGCAGGACAUGCCUACAAAGUCCAAUGGUUGUGUCAUGAUCUCUUCGGUCACGGGUGAAAAGGUUGUUUCUGAGGAACUGCGCCUGCCACAAUACUGGGUCGACAAUCUCACUUCUCCUGUACAGUUUGCCCAGUCACUCCUUCGGAUAUGUACGGAAUCAGGCCGAAAGAUCAGGAAGAAACUCGAUGGCAGUCAUCACUCGCAACUCGGGGUAAACGUUUUGCUUGAGGUUGGACCCCAAGCGACGUUGCAACGACCGAUUCGCGACUUGCUUGAAACCCUCACGUGGGGCCAGGAGGUCAACUACUACUCAGCUAUCCGACGAGGCCAAAAUGCAGCCAGUAACCUUCUAGAUGCGUUAGGCCACCUUCAUUGCAUUGGCCUUCCGGUGGAUCUUGGCAGGGUCAAUUGCCUAGACAACCCUGGUUCGAAACACGCUCGUGUGCUCAUUGACCUACCAGAGUACCCUUUCAACCACUCAACUGCUUACUGGCGAGAAAGUCGAGUUAGUAGACGUCUUCGCCUUGCAACCCAAGGAAAAUUAGAUCUUCUCGGAAAACCAGUAACUGACUGGAAUCCGUUGGAAGCUCGAUGGCGCCAUCAUAUUCGAAUUUCAGAGAUGCCUUGGGUUGAAGAUCAUGUCGUUAAUGGAACUUUGAUUUAUCCUGCAGCAGGAAUGCUUGUCAUGGCAAUCGAGGCUGCUAACCAAAUGGCCAAUUCUAACCAAAAGGUGGACGCAUUUCAGUUACGCAAUGUGAAGUUCCAGCGCGCCUUAACGGUUCCCAGGACCGCUGACGGAGUUGAGACCAACCUGCAUCUCCGUACUUCAACAGAUAGUAGCAGCUCUGAAUCCUCGUGGCUAGAAUUCCGACUCUGCUCUUUGGACGAUGAUGAUAACUGGCAAGACAACUGCCACGGAUUUAUCAAAGUCAAGUAUCAAACCACAGGCGAUAAUUUGACAGAGCGAACCCGACAGUUUGAGGACUGCUUACAACUUGACGACUUGCUUUCCAGUGCUUGCACCAUGGACUUCAGUGAGGAUAAAUUAUACAAAUGCCUGAACAAAAGUGGGUUCGAAUUCGGACCAACUUUCCAGACUGUAUUCGACGGCAAAUGCAACAAAGAACACCAGGCAAGAUCUUCACUGAAAGUCUUCCCUUGGCCCGCCGACCAGUACCCACAGCCUCAUAUCGUCCAUCCCACAACCCUAGAUGGCAUCCUUCAUUUGACUGCUGCGGCUCUCUCAGAGGGCGGGCAAAGAAGGGUCCCUACUGCGGUCCCGACAGGCAUUCAAAAUCUCUGGAUUUCCAAAGAGGGUCUCAGUCAUCCUUCAGCCGCGGCCAUUCAUGCCGCUACCUUGGUCAAAUUUCUGCACGAUCGAGGACAUGAGUUUGAUAUCUGUGCUAUGAAUGAGCAAAGAACUCGCGUACUCGCAAAGGUUGAUGGUCUUCAGUCAACAAUCGUGGCAGAUAGUCCGUGGGAGUCCUUUGAUAACCCCGAUGAUAGAUUAACCGUUCAUCAUCUUCACCAUUUUCCAGCACUGGAUCUCCUUGACUCCGACAGACUUGCUGAAUACUGUGCGCAAAGUCGACCCCAAGGUCCAGAGCCAUUGGAAUACUUCAGAGAGUUGAACUUUGUCCUAUACAAGUUCCUCAGCGAGGCGCUAGACAACCUGGGCGAGGUCAACACCGAGAAGGGUUUACCCCACGUACAACGGUAUAUCGACUGGGCAAGACUUCAGCGGUCGAAAUUCGAGGCAGGCGAGCUUCCAUCGAGUCACCCGGAGUGGAAUGAUCUUUUGCAUGAUACGGAGUACUUCCAAUCCGCAUGUGAUCGGCUCUCUGUCGCAAAUGCACAAGGAUACGCAUGUGUACAUACAGGGUCCAACCUGCUUCCAAUUCUACGCGGAGAGCAGGAUCCUAUACAAUUCCUUUGGAAGGAUGACAUGAUGAGCAACUUUUAUCGUGAAUCUAACGACCGGGAUGGAUGUUUCGACACUUUAGGGUUCUACCUCAGGGCCCAGGCACAGCAGAAUCCAGCCAUGAGAAUUCUCGAAAUUGGUGCCGGAACUGGGGGAACCACAUCCCAUAUCUUGAAGGCUUUGUCCCAGGGAAGCGGGAUAUCUCCUGGUAAACCCUUAUACGCGUCUUAUGACUAUACCGAUAUCUCUCCGGCCUUCUUCGACGCUGCUGCCAAGCGUUUCAAGGACUUCCCGCGCAUGAACUUUAGGGUGCUUGAUGUAAUGGACGAUUUGGCCGCCCAGGGAUUUGAGCUGGAAUCCUACGACUUAGUGGUAGCGGCAAACGUUCUUCACGCCACGCCUGAUAUUUGUGCGACAAUGAGGAACGUGCGGAAGCUUCUGAAGCCCCGUGGAAAAGUGACGCUGUUUGAGAUUACCCGUCCAGAAAUUAUCCGGUCUGGAUUCGUCGCCGGUUUGAUGGAAGGCUGGUGGGCAGGAAAGGAUGACAACAGAAUUUGGAGUCCGGCAAUGACAGGCGCCCAAUGGGACACAACCCUUAAGAACUCAGGGUAUUCCGGCGUGGAAAUGGAAAUUCCAGAAUUUCUCGAUGCAGAAUGCCAGGAAAAUUCCGUCCUGGUCACAACUGCAUCCAGCACAACCCUGCUCGCGCCGUUGAACUUCUACUUCGUGUUUGACGAGAGCUCUAUAACACAAAAGGGAUUGUACGAGCAGGCGACAGAGAGGCUGAAGUCCGAGCAGCCGGAGUCAAUUAUCGCCGGCGGCUCCUUGAACGAGUGCAUUGCACUUCCGUCUCUUGCCAACACGACAUUGAUCUUUAUUCAAGAGACGGAGGCACCGCUUUUGGAUGGUAUGAGUCAGAAAACAUUCUCUCAACUUCAAUACGCGAUUACUCAUUGCAACUCUAUUCUCUGGGUAACUGCAGGUGGUGGCAGGUUCUCCCACAGACCUGAAUACACCAUGGUAGACGGAUGGGCUCGUGUUUUGCGGGCUGAGCGUGAUCAGCUGCGUAUGGUUACACUUGCGCUAGAUGUGGUCGGUCAAACUGGUAGCAAUUUGGCAUCGCAUAUCACUCGCGUCCUGACAGACGAACUUCUUGAUCUGAACCGGACGCAGUACGAGCCCGAACUUGUGGAGAUUGAUGGGAUCCUCCAUGUCACACGCAUCAAGUCAAGCAAUUCCCUGACUGAUGACCUUCAUGCAGCAUCUCUCCCACGCCAAUUUGCAACCAAGUCCCUGGGCGAUGCUGGACCUGUCAAGCUGGCAUAUAAGAUGCCUGGUCUUUUGGACACAUUGCAUUGGACAGAUGACAGUGAGCACUUAGACCACACAAUCCAGCCGGAGGAGGUGGAGGUGAGUGUGAAUGCUGUGGGAUUGAAUUUCCGUGAUUGUGAGAUUGCUCUAGGAAAGGAUCCCAAGACGGCAUUUGGGCAGGAGUGCACAGGAACCGUAACCUGCGCAGGUAAGCUGUCUGGAUUCAAUCCUGGUGACCGAGUCGUGGCUUUUGGUCCAGGAAAGUUCAAGACUACCGUGAGAACUGGCGCGAAUGCCAUAUGCAAGAUUCCUGAUUCUCUCUCUGUGACCGAAGCGGCUAGCAUUCCAUUCCAGUUUGGAACGGCUUGGCAUGCCGUUGUCGAAAUCGCUCGCCUUCAAAGGGGCGAGAGCAUUUUAAUCCAUGCCGGAGCCGGCGGCACCGGCCAGGCAGCUAUUCAAAUUGCUCAGUACAUUGGCGCCGACGUUUACGCCACCACAAGCACCCGAGAGAAACAGCAAACCCUGACCGAUAUAUACGGAAUCCCCGCCGAUCACAUCUUCUACAGCCGAGAUACAAGUUUCGCCGAGCCUGUUAUACAAAAGACUAAGGGGUGCGGCGUUGAUGUCGUGAUCAAUACUUUGGUCGGUGAGAUUCUUCUUGCAUCAUGGGACUGCGUUGCAAAUUACGGAAGAUUGGUGGACAUCGGAUGCAGGGACUCUCUGUCUUCUAUGAGUCUCCCCAUGGCACAGCCUGGUCGACAAGCGUCUUUCACUUACUUCGACAGUGUUAACUGGAUGCAUGAGAGACCCAAAGCCGCAAAACGAGAAGUUGAAACAAUACUCAACCUUUUCGCCGAAGGGAAACUUCAUUUACACAAAUCACUUCGCAUCGAAAGUGCCAGCAAUCUCGAAGAUGCUUUCCGCUUGAUGCAGAGCGGCAGCGUAAUAGGGAAACUGGUACUGGAAAUUUCCCCGGAGGCGCACGUACCAACUAUUCUCAACACAAGGGCCCCAUUCAAACUGGACACCAAUGCUACCUAUGUGAUUGCCGGUGGCUUGGGAGGUCUUGGAAGGGCCGCUGCGCGGUGGAUGGCUGCUCGGGGAGCCAAGCAUCUUGUUCUCCUCGGACGAUCAGGAGCCAAAACAAAAGCAGCGCUCGCUCUGGUAGAUGAGCUCGAAGCGCAAGAUGUCCAAGUCAAAACUCCGCCGUGUGAUGUGGCGGACCCAACAUCCGCCAAUCGUGUCAUUCAUGAAGUGACACAGACAAUGCCCCCAAUCAAGGGCUGCAUUCAAGGAUCGAUGGUACUUCGAGACCAACCGUUUGAGCGAAUGAGCUACGACGAGUGGCAAGAAGCGGUUGACUGUAAGGUUCGUGGCUCUUGGAAUCUUGAGAUGAGCCUUCCCAGAGACCUUGAUUUCUUCAUCGUGUUUUCCUCUUCCAACGGCAUUAUUGGUAUACCCAGUCAAUCUAAUUACAGCGCUGGCAAUUCUUACUCCGAUGGCUUCGUCAGAUAUCGCGUCUCCAAAGGGCAAAAGGCUGUCUCACUAGACCUGGGUAUCAUGAGUGACGACGGAUUACUAGCGGAGACACCCGAGCUACUAGAAAAAGUCGCCGGCUACGCGAACGGUUCAAUGCUGCCUAUAUCCCGUCAAAAGUUUUUGGGUCUACUGGACCACUACUGCAACCCGGACCGGUCUCUUCUGACCCCGGAGACUUCGCAAGUGCUUGUCGGUGUCGCCCCUGGAGGAGACGGGUUUGUGGGCAACACACUCCUGGCAAAGCCACUGUUUAACCACCUAAGAAUGGAUAACAUUUCUUCCUCCGACUCCUCGAAAGAAGUUGAAGUCCAGUUCCAGAAGCUCUUCUCCGAGGCAACUUCGCUGGAGGAAGGGCGGGAGGUUGUGGCAAAGGCCUUGAUCAAUAAAUUGACGCACUCCUAUAAGGUCAUCCCCGAGGACGCGGAGGUGGACAUGCAUGUACCUCUGCAUACUUUCCGAAUUGACUCGCUCCUGGCAGUGGAAUUGUGCAAUUGGAUUAGAAAGGAGUUCGCCGCCGACCUGGCUGUUCUAGAAGUGAUGGGAGGCGCGACGUUGGCGAUGGUAGAUAUUCUGGUGGCGACGCGCAGUCAGCUCAGACACCCCGAGUGGGUUUGA